ACUUUUUUAAACCGGAAAAGCUAGUGUGGACUGUCGGGGCCAGCUUCAUGGAAAUGCUGUUUCACACUCCAGGAAGGGUUUGUGGAUGAACCCCUCGACCAGCUGGCUAGCGUUCGAGUAGAAAAAACAAGGAGGAGGCAACAUUGGUGCAUUGUACAAUAUGGAGCUCAGACUGACAAACCCAGCGUGUAGAGUUUUACUAUGUGGAUUUACGUUAAGUAUUAUUUUUGGUACGACUCCCAGUGCAGCAAUAGACGUGUACACCCCUCCAGAGCUGUUGGUGGAGAACGGCACCACAGGGGUCCUCAGGUGCUCCUUCAGAUCUCGGGAGGUGAUCAGCAGCCAGGCGUCGGUCGCCUGGAACUUCCGUCCGCACGGAGCAGAUCCCUCCAGCUCAGGAAUUUCGAUAUUCUACUACAGUGCUGGGAAGGAGUUCCAGGGAAGCUUGCCCCAGUUCGUAGAUAGAAUCAAGUGGGUGGGAGACCUGAACAAGAAGGAUGUCUCCGUCCAGCUGCUGCAGGCUCAGUUCAAUGACAACGGCACCUACUUAUGUGACGUGAAGAACCCUCCCGACAUAUCAGGCACCCCCUCUCGCACGGAGCUGAAAGUCGUUAUGAAAGAGUCCCUCCCUCAGACCAGUACAGGUGUCAUAGUGGGCGCUGUGUUCGGUGCUGUCAUUGGUCUCAUCCUUAUCGCCUUGGUUACCUGCCUGAUCAUUAAGAGGCACCAAACCCAACAUGACUACGAGGGCUGCACGUCUGUGGAGAGUAUGAGCUCCCACGCGGCCCGCCCGGGGAAGAAGCCGGCGUCAAGCUCAGAGGGUUCGCGUUGCAGCAGCCCCUCCGCCCCGCUGCAGGUAGGAGCUGGCCCGGUGAUCUACGCCCAGUUAGACCACUCAGGAAGCCAGAACCCCAACUCCUUCCACAAGAUGGAGCCAGUGGUCUAUGCUGACAUCCGGAAAAACUAGUACUUGGUGAGAGGAAGCAGAAAGGGACAGGCCACCGUAGCUCGCUGCUGGGG